GUUCGGUCAAUUGUAAUUGUGGAAAAUGUAAGAAAAAUGGGUGUAAAUAAUGUGAAAUAUACGAUUAUAAAAUAGUCUAUUAGUGGUAAUUAUGAGUGAAAGGAAAUUUACUCGUGGAUUGACCAAGCCCGGAACUGCGGCUCAACUUAGAGAAACUGUCUCACAAGUAGUUAGGGAAAGCGCUGUGCAAAAUAAACCUCAUAGGAUAGAACCUCUGGAUUUUGAAAAACUUCUAAUUCAAAACAAAACAGUCCUUCAAAAUGAUCCAGAGAGAGAAUUGCUGCUGCAUCCUCCAGAUGACAUUUCUCAAGUUAUUUUACCAAGAAGAUUGCGUACAUUAUCUGAGGCGUUCCCUUCAGAAAACGAAACUGAAAAGUGUAAUUUACUUACCAAACAAUGCAUCAAGAAUUAUUCCUGCAGUUGGAACUUAAUUCAUUAUAAAUACAAUGCGUACUCUGGCAGUUAUGCAGACCUUCCUUUGAAACCCCAAGAAAACAAGCUGCAAGAACAAACCUACGAGAUCGACAUUGAUACAGAUGCAGUAGACGAUUUGAAGCCAAGAUUAGACAAUAUUACCAAGGAAGGGUUUCUGCUGAAAGGGCCGGAAAUAGGAUCGGAAAAGUCUUUCGUUAAUAUCGGCUCAAAAAGUUUCAAACGGAGGUAUUGUUAUUUGCGACAGGAAGUAGAUGGGACGUACAUUUUAGAGAUGUAUAAGGAUGAGAAGAAAGGGGAAGCAAAAUUGACAAUUGUUAUGGAUUUUUGUACGGAUGUUGUUAAGAACUUAAAACGGGGGAGAUUUUGUUUUGAAUUGAGGAUGACUUCUGGGCACAAAUCGUAUGUAUUAGCUUCAGAAAAUGAGACAGAUUUUAAAGAUUGGCUCAGUAAAUUAAGCUCAGUGGUCCAACAGAACAAAGUUCAAGAAGAAAACCGUGCAGCCUCUUUGGAAAGAGAACGAAGCACUCCGUCACCAUUACCUCAAAUACAACCCUGUGGAACAUUAAAAGGGCUCGAACAAAGCAUGAAUCCACAAUUAAUGAAGUACGCGCGAGAGACUGAUCAUAGUAUAGCAAGUUUAAGGAAAGAAAAUCGCCAUAAAAUAUUUGAGCUUCAUCCGAAUUACGCUUUGAGUGUCAAAUCACAGAAUUCUAGUCAAGAACAAGUAGCCCCCUACAGCGAAGUGUUUGGUUCCAGGGUAUUUGUUAAAUGUGAAAACAUUAGGUUAAAAUUACAAGUAGUUGAUGAUAAAGAUAACCUUUGCCAAGUUGAGCCGUACCAUACAACGUUGUGCCUAUUCGAUGCCAAAAAUAAUAGAAAACUGACUGAAAAUUUCCAUUUUGAUGUAAACAGUAGCAACAUUAGAAAUACGUUCAAUAACGGCAUUAAUAGUGAGACGAAUAGCGUCAAGUUGGGACUUCCCCCAGAUUUAAACUCCGAAUGGUUGUUCUAUCCUCGCCAAGCCCUCCUCAGCAUUACGAAUCCGCACCCGGAUAUCUUUCUAGUCGUUAGAAUCGAGAAGGUUCUACAGGGGGGAAUAGGGCCGACGUCGGAACCGUACGUUAAAGCCAAUAAAGAUCCGAAAGUUAGUCAAAAGUUUUAUAGGAAUAUAGCGAUGUGCUGUCAGAGACUCGGGAAGUACAGGAUGCCGUUCGCUUGGGCCGCCAGGCCAGUUUUUAGGUUAUAUAGUAACGAAUUGGACAUCACUUCAGAUUUCCACGCAAUAUACAGGCAAGAACCGAACAAACUUAACGACGAAGAGUUAUUAAAGUUGUUGUCGGAUUAUAGAAAGCCUGACAAAUUUAACAAAUUCACUGUGAUUCCCGGAUCGUUGGAAAUUAAACUGUCUCCUGUCAAUGAUCUACCACCAAAUACUUUAUCUACCUCUCUAUCACCUCUGAAACCGUUUCCACUACCUCCAACAUCUGAACCAACCAUAGAAUUGGCCGAACUGGAAGGAUUAUCCGACAAGGACAUUAAUCCGUACACGACGUUUCUCAAUCACCUCUACGUGUACCCAUUAAAUCUUAAUUUUGACACUCAGAAGACAUUUGCCAGAGCUAGAAACAUUGCUUGCGUCGUAGAGUUGCGUGAUUCGGACAAUGAAGAAGCCAAAGGUUUGCCGUGCAUAUACGGCCGCCCUGGCCAACCUCUGCUGGUCUCGCAAACGUCUUGCGCCGUUCUACAUCACAACACGUUCCCGACGUGGUACGAAGAGGUCAAGAUAAGGCUUCCGACAAAUAUUCUUUAUUCUCAUCAUUUAUUGUUUACAUUUUACCACAUUUCCUGUGAUAUUACCAAAAAGCGAGAAAAUGGAAUAGAAAAUUGUGUAGGUUAUGCCUGGUUACCAUUGCUACAGAAAGGACGGUUGAAUGUUGAGACGCAAGUGAUUCCUGUGGCUUCACAUCUGUUGCCGGGUUAUUUGUCGAUACAUCCUUUCGGACUAGGAAAAGGGAAUGCUGGCCCUGAAAUCAAUUGGAUAGACAGCCAGAAACCCAUAUUUUCGAUUGGAUUUAACUUAGUAUCAACGAUCAACACCAAAGAUCAACAUUUAUACAACCUAUUCAACCACGCCGAACGGUUAUUAGAUCCUAAACCGACAUCGGUACCAUCAGAAAUUGAAACGUGCAAGAUUCUAAAGGCUCUUCACGCCAUUCAUCUAACGACGCUAAUAACUUUCCUGCCGACUCUUUUCAACCAACUUUUUACGUUACUAGUGAUGACCAACAGCGAAGAAAUAGGAAUCAACAUUAUACGUGUCUUGAUAAAUCUAGUAACAAUGAUAUACGAUGUGAGGAGAAAAGAAAUACUGCAGGCUUAUGUAAAGUACGUGUUCGUAUCUCCGGAGAGCACAAAACAAACCACAGUACACGAGGAGAUGUGCCGACACCUUCCGGUGAUUCUACAUCCCAAUAAUACAGACUUUUUGGUGGUAAACAAGUUUAUGCAUCAUUCAGACUUCUUUUUCGAAAUCAUCAACAAGAGUAUCGCCCAACAUCUGCUAAAUUCUGGAAGAAUAAAGAUGCAUCGAUACGAAAGAUUUUCAACGGAGUUUAUAGAGAGAGUGGAACAUUUAAUGCAGGUCUUGAUACCUUACGUGCUUAAUAAAUACAAGGAAAUGCCACUGGAAACAAAAGAAUUAAACAAAAAUAUGGCUUUUUUCUUAAAGAAAUGUCUUUCGAUGGUGGACCGAGGAUUUAUUUUCAGAGUAAUUAAAUCUUAUAUCGACAGAUUCAAUCCGGGAGAUUCCAGGAUCCUUCAAGAGUAUAAAUUUAAUUUCCUGGAAAUAAUAUGCAACCACGAACAUUAUGUCUCGUUGAACUUGCCAAUACAAUACAACAGACUGAGCGUGAGGAAUAGAUCGCCAGAUAACACCCAAGAAUUCAUCUUAUCCGAAGAAUUUUGCAAACACCACUUCAUUGUUGGAUUGUUGCUACAAGAAGUGAAGACGUCAUUGAACGAGGUGACGCACGUUCGAAAAAUUGCUCUCAGUACGCUCAAGAAUCUUAUAGCUAAACACGAACUCGAUGACCGGUAUAAAAACAAACGACAGAUGAGUCGAAUAGCUCUACUUUACCUUCCAUGGUUGACGAUAGUGUUGGAAAACUUGAGCAGACUAGAUGUAAAAGAAGAAACGAACGACGAAGAAAGCGGCAGUAUAAUGAACAGAAUGUCUUCGAGUAGUUCGUUUUUGUUCGGCAAAAGCUCUGCCAGCGAGUACACUCCAAGGAGCCACAGGUUUACUCUUCAAAUCGACAAAGACAGUCCGAUGCACAUCAGAAAUUCAGCUUUCUUCGAAGCCAUAGCUGGCCAAUCUUUAGUAAACGGUAAUUCGAUGAGCAUAGACUCCGACAUAUCAGCGGUAUCAGAAGACGCCCAGUCGUUUAUUUCCCAAGACACAACCAUCACUAAAAACGAAAAUCUCAGGAACGGAGACACGAAAAGCCACACCAGAACUACCUCGCACAUUUUAAGAUACGACAAACUACAACCGCAAGAAGUGAAAGACGUACUUCUAAUAUUCGUCUUCGUUGUCAAGUACAUCAACGAAGAUCAGCUGAUUUUAUGGUGGGGCAACUAUACUGAUGCCGACGUCGUGAACUUUUUCACCGUUAUGGAAUUGUGUUUGUAUUGUUACCGUUAUCAGGGAAAGAGAAAUAUCAACGUUGUCAAACUUAAUGCUUCCGAAGUUGUUAAACCAAAAGCGAAAAAGGCUCAUACGCUACCGGCGAGGAUGAAUCCUUCAGAAAUCAAUCAUGAAACCACCGGAACGUUGCUUAUACAUACUCCCAGAGAAAAUUUAUUGGAAUCUGAAGAUGAGGUACAACGACAACAGCAAGCAAUUUUGGAGCAACACCUGUCAGGAGAAAUUGGUAUGAUUACUUUAGACUGUAUGGGACUGUACUGUAUGCAUUUUCGGAAAAAGUUGUUAGCAGAUUGCGAAAAUGAGGUGCUGAAGAAGAUUUUUAAUAUAUAUCUGACGUUUAUUCAAAUCGGACAGAGCGAAAAUUUGUUAAAACAUGUUUUUGCUGCUCUAAGGGCGUUUAUUAACAACUUUUCUUUUGUGUUAUUUCAAGGUAUGUAUUUAUUUUUUAUAAAAAAUAGCAGAAAUUAAUUUUAAACUUUGUUUU